UUCAUGGCCCCUUCCACGGGCGUUACAGGGAGGAGAGAGAGAGUGUGUUUGUGGAGAGAUAGAGAAAGAAAUUUGCCGGGUAAUCAAAGGUGACAGAGGAGGUGUUUGGAAUCCUCUUCCAUGGCCACUUUUAGCUACUCCACAAUACUUCCUUCUCGCAGUGAUUACUUUGGAGCAUUCGAGAGUUGUGGUAAAUCAUGGGUGGUGCUUCCAAAGAGAUCGUUUCAUGGAAGAAGAACAUUUAGAAUUAGAGCAGAAGUUGAUUAUGUGAAUGCCGAUGAGGCUAAAAAGCUUGUAGAAGCUGAUGGCUAUGCAGUUGUGGAUGUUCGUGAUAAAUCUCAAUUUGAGCGCGCUCAUAUCAAAUCAUGUUAUCAUGCUCCUUUAUUCAUCGAAAAUCAAGACAAUGACCCUGGCACAUUCAUAAAACGGACUAUGCACAACAAUUUUGCUGGUUUAUUCUUUGGGUUGCCUUUCACUAAGCCAAACCCUGACUUUGUGCAGUCUGUCAAGAGCCAGUUUUCGCCUGAUAGCAAGUUGUUGCUUGUAUGUCAGGAAGGAUUAAGGUCUACGGCUGCUGCUAGGAAGUUGGAAGAAUAUGGUUUUCAGAACAUAGCAUGUGUAACGUCUGGACUUCAGUCUGUAAAACCAGGAACAUUUGAUUCUGUUGGUUCCACCGAGUUACAAAAUGCUGGUAAAGCCGGUUUGAUUACAAUUCAGGGAAAGAUUUCAGCAGUACUUGGAACUGUUCUUGUCUGUGCAUUUUUGUUCAUCACUUUCUUCCCUGAUCUGGCAGAAAAACUGCUACCGCCAAGCUAGACCAGCUAUAAAUUAAGGUGAACUGGAGGAGCAAAAACAAAAGAACACAAGAGUUUAUGUUGCUGGUUUAUGUCACCAUUCAAGUCUAAGAAUUAUUAUCAGUGUUCUAGGAAUCAUAGGUUUUAUUUGGAAAUUUUGAUAACGAGCUUCAACUUAUGUAAAAUGCAUUCUUUUUACAACAUAUGUAUCGAAAUGUGUAAAGUAUGCGCAAGCUUGCCUCGA